GAACUGUGGCCACAAGAGCUAUAUAUGAGCGCACCUGGCAGCUCAAACACCUCAAGACAUUCUCAUUCCUCUCUUGCAAUAUCUUCAUCUGUCUGACUGUCUCUCCGAGACAGAGAAGCCUGAUCGAAGAAACGCUGGCUCCAAGAGAGGCAGAUCCUUGCAAAGCACACAGCAUGAUCCCAAGAGCGCCGAGCCUCUUCCACCUCGAGGAGGGGCUGGGCGCCUCCACCUCGACGCCAAUGGCGGCGGCCUCGGGCGCCGGCGAGCUCGUCGGGCUCCGCCUCAUCAUACAGCCGUCGCCGAGGAAGCAGCGGCCGACGGUCCUGAGGAGGUCCGCGGUGAGGAUGAUCCCGGCGGCGACGUGCGCGUCCAGCAAGUGCGGCCACGAGAACGGCCGGAUGUCGUUCGUGGGGCUGGAGUUCCUGAAGCGCUGCUUCUGCUGCCACAAGAACCUGGACGCCACCAUGGACGUCUUCGUGUACAAAGGAGAGCAAGCGUUUUGCAGCGUCGAGUGCCGGUGCCAGCACAUGGCAAAAGAGGAGCGCCGGGAGAUCGAAAUGCUCAUCAGGAAGCGCCGCGACGCGUUCCACCGUCGGCACGCUGGAGCGGCGCCCAAGAUGCAAGGAUCGAAUCGGCUCAUGAGCCUGCAAACCGCUGCACGAUGAUACAUACACAUCUGUCGAAGAGAACGCCUGUUAUUAUUGUAGUCUCAUACAUACGGUAAAAAUUUUGUUGCCUUUCUUCAAAUCGGCACAAAAGAGUGCCAUACUGAACUGAACAAAGCUAUCACUUUAGCCUUUAGGAUGGAUAUUAUUAGUAUUAUUACUGUGUGGAUACUUGUUCACUAGUUGUCUCAGUUCUACGGGUUGAUCUUUGGGAGUUUAAUUUGGCCUGAUUGCAAGGAAAGGCGACUUCAAUUUUCUAGAAGUUUUCCUUGCUUAAAUCUAGUAACGUCAACUAUGUGUCCUCAAUCUUUGUACCUUUUUUUAUUUCGAUGUGUCAAGCUAAGGAAGUUUGACCGGGUAGAAAAUAAAAUGAAUCAGAGGGAGCAUUUGUUUUUUU